AUGCUUCACGAAACAUUGGUUGUCCAAGAAGGAUCGAAUCAACGGCCACCACCAAAGCACAAUCCGCUUGGCCCGGCAAUAUUUCGUCCUGCAUCUCUGCGCCUCAAUCUGGGCACCAGCAUUCCAUUGACCAUCGACGGACAGGAGCAUCCGUUCAAUCCAAUCCUCCUUCGAGAUCUUUGCUCGUGUCCUCUUUGCAUUGAUCAGUCUACCCGGCAAAAGCUCUUCUACUCCGCUGACAUACCAGCCGACAUUCAAGUCUCCGAGACGUACGUGAAAAAUGGCCACUUCAGAUUCCGAUGGAGCGUCGAUGCACCAGGCUAUGGCAACGACCAUGUAUCAUCCAUUCCUAUUGAGGCCCUGGAAAGACUCUUGCGAACGGGAAUGCUUGACCGGGCAGCGCCAGAGUUACCAACAAGACAGUACUGGACAGCAGAGACGUUCGACCAAGAGACCAGCGACUUCAGCUUCGACACUUAUAUGAACGACGACAAAGCAUUACUCAAGGCAUUGAGGCAGCUCCAUACACAUGGAUUGAUGUUCGUUAGUGGUGUUCCAGACGACGAGACAUCGGUUGAGCAGCUGGCCGAGCGUAUCGGACCUCUGAAGACCACAUUCUAUGGCCGAACCUGGGACGUUCGCUCCGUUCCCGAUGCGAAGAAUGUGGCAUACACGGCGCAGAAUCUUGGCUUUCACAUGGAUCUGAUGUAUAUGAAGCAGCCACCUCAUUUGCAGCUCCUUCAUUGCAUCAGAUCUUCUUCUGCCGGAGGAGCCAGCCUUUUCACUGACAGUUUCAAGGCCGUGGAGGAUCUCGCACGAACUGACCUCGAUUCGAUGGCGACGCUUUCAAAGGUCCACAUUGACUACCAUUACGAUCACCCCGGCUCUCAAUACUAUCACCGGCGUCGACCAGUCAUCGAGCAGCGCCCGUUACAACGAGCACUUCUUGAGCCCAUGGACUUUGUGGCCUCUGUGGCAUGGUCACCGCCAUUUCAGGCGCCGCCGAGGCUGCGAGGCUUCUCACCAGGUAUCCCAGCGUCUGCACCCCAGCUUCUCAGUCAUAGGUACAACGGAUGGCACGAGGCUGCGAGGAAAUUCAAUCAGCUCAUACAUCGUCCAAAAGGAAUCUACGAGCGAUUGAUGAAGCCGGGCGAGUGUGUCAUCUUUGACAACAGGAGAGUGUUGCAUGCGCGUAGUGCGUUCAAGGUUGGCGAUGUUGGGAAGGAGAGAUGGCUCAGGGGAGCGUAUAUCGACGAGGAUCCUUUUCUGAGCAAGCUACAUGUCAUGGGACGACAGGAGAUGGAGGCUCAAUGA